GAUUCCCUUAUGACAGUCUGUCUGUCUCAUCUCGUGGCCCUGCUUCCUUACCUCUCUUCGUCUUCUCCCUCUCCUUCUCCAGUCUCUCUUUCUCUCUACAAUUUUUCUCCUUCCUUCCUCUUCCUCUUCCAAAUAUUGACAUUCCAUGGCUUCCAUCAUUGAAUCCGGUUGGCUGUAUCUUAUCACUCAUUUCACUGAUUUCCAACUAGCAUGCCUAGGAAGUUUCUUUCUUCACGAAAGUGUCUUUUUCUUAUCUGGUCUUCCCUUCAUAUACCUGGAAAGGGCAGGAUGGCUGAGCAAGUACAAGAUUCAGACCAAAAACAACAGUCCUGCAGCGCAGGAAAAAUGUAUAACUCGUUUGCUGCUCUAUCAUUUUGGUGUCAACCUACCAGUGAUGAUUUUUUCCUAUCCUGUCUUCAAAUACAUGGGCAUGCGUAGUAGUUUUCCCUUGCCGUCCUGGAAGGUAGUGUCUGCGCAAAUAAUAUUUUACUUCAUUCUUGAGGACUUUGUAUUCUACUGGGGGCAUCGAAUCCUACAUACGAAAUGGCUGUACAAGCAUGUGCACAGCGUCCACCAUGAAUAUGCUACACCAUUUGGACUGACAUCUGAAUAUGCUCACCCUGCUGAAAUUCUGUUCCUUGGCUUUGCUACCAUUAUUGGUCCUGCAAUAACUGGGCCUCAUUUAAUGACCCUUUGGUUAUGGAUGGUGCUUAGAGUCUUGGAGACAGUGGAGGCACAUUGUGGUUAUGACUUUCCUUGGAGCCUUUCAAACUUUCUACCAUUGUAUGGAGGUGCUGAUUUUCAUGACUAUCAUCAUCGCUUGCUCUACACAAAGUCUGGAAACUACUCAUCUACUUUUGUUUACAUGGACUGGAUAUUUGGCACGGAUAAGGGUUACAGAAAAUUGAAGGCGCUAAAGGAAGCUGGAGUUGAAGAUGGCGACAAGAAGCAAAUGUAAUACUAGAAAUUAUAUUCUUUUUCAUGAGCCUGACAAUUGGAAAAUGGUUUAUUGGUUAAGGGCAUCUUAGAAAAGGUCUUGUUCCAUCGCUCACUUCAUCCCGCGUGCAACCACCUUUUUGUGUUUAGUUGCUGUUCAUGUUUGCAGCGUGUGGUAAUGUGGAAUCAUUGAAGAGAAUUUAUGUAGACAUUUUCCAUCCUCUUAUUCGUUACCUGAGAAAAAAAAAAAAAAGUAGCUGUCAUAUUUUCAAACUUUUGAGAGCCUGGGUGACUUAUUUCAUUUUAAUUCUUUCUCAUGGGCUUGUAACUUAUUUGCUUCUUCAAGGUUGAUUCUUCUUGUACCUUUUUAGUCAUUAUCCUUUUGUUGCUUGAUUUAGCAACUUAAGGAGUACGGAGAGCCGCUCUCGGCUUCUAUAAAUUAUUGAUUUAUUCCC